GAGACGAAUUCAACGACAUAUCGUUUGCUUCACCGCUUGGUAUAAGUUACUGUGUUCUGCUGCGAACGAGCAAGUGAAGUCGGUCUUCUUCUUCAGUGGAAAAGCUCAAAGUUGAAUCUUUGAUGAUGAAGGCCGUAGUGAUAACAACUCCAGGUGGACCAGAGGUCCUCAAGCUACAAGAGGUUGCAGACCCAGAACUCAAAGAAGAUGAAGUCCUGAUCAAAGUCGCGGCCACGGCGCUGAACCGAGCCGACACGUUGCAGAGGAAAGGGGCGUACCCGCCACCCCCGGGUUCCAGCCCCUACCUGGGUCUCGAAUGUUCUGGAACCAUCGAGGCCGUUGGGGAACACGUCUCACGCUGGCAAGUCGGUGAUCGGGUGUGUGCUCUUCUUAGUGGAGGAGGGUAUGCUGAGAAGGUGGCCGUUCCAGCUGGACAAGUUUUUCCCGUCCCGCCGGGUAUUUCUUUGAAGGAUGCUGCUAGCUUUCCUGAGGUGGCAUGCACUGUUUGGUCGACUGUUUUUAUGAUGAGUCGGCUAUCUGCCGGUGAAACGUUUUUGGUUCAUGGGGGCUCCAGUGGAAUUGGUACAUUUGCAAUUCAGAUAGCCAAAUACCAGGGAGUAAGGGUGUUUGUCACAGCAGGAAGUGAGGAAAAGUUAGCUGUUUGCAAGGAGCUUGGAGCUGAUGUGUGCAUCAAUUACAAGACCGAGGACUUUGUUGCACGGGUAAAGGAAGAAACAGGUGGCAAAGGUGUUGAUGUUAUCUUGGAUAGCAUUGGGGCAAGCUACUUUCGGCGAAACCUUGACAGCUUAAAUUUUGAUGGGAGGCUUUUUGUCAUUGGGAUGUUGGGUGGUGCUGUUACAGAAAUAGAUCUCCGUGUUGUGCUUUCGAGGCGUCUCACCAUCCAAGCGGCUGGCUUGCGGUACAGAAGUCCAGAAAACAAAGCGGAAAUUGCUAGGGAGGUGGAGAACAAUGUGUGGCCUGCAAUUGUUGCCGGCAGGGUGAAAACUGUGAUCUACAAGGCUUUUCCACUAUCUGAGGCAGCAGAAGCUCACCGGCUCAUGGAAAGCAGCCAGCAUAUUGGAAAGAUACUGCUUGUUGCGUGAUGAUAUAUGAAUGUUAACUGUAAUAAAAUGUAAUAUUCAAGUGAAUAAUUCAGACCUCAUUAGGUUGGUCGGGUCUAGGAUGAUGCUGAGUGUGCAUAUAUUUUGUGGUAUGGCGAUGAUGCUUAUGUUGUACUCUUGUAUUAUGAGAAUAAAUUACUACACGAUCAUUCAGUUUUCAAUU